AUGGAUCAGUUGGUCGCUCGCUGGUCUCGGGGACACACAGUUGAAACGAUGGUCAUCUGCCUGCUUCUCUGCAGCCUCUGGAGCCUUGCCUCAGGCUCCGUGCAGGUGACGCACAUGAAGGUGCAGUCAGUCCAGGCAGGCGGGAACGUUACUUUCUCGUGCCAGCUGGCCACAAACGAGGAUGUGAUACAAGUGACCUGGCAGAAGGAGAUGGAUGGGGACGAAGGCAACAUAGCAACUUACAGUACCAUCAAUGGCCAAAAGAUAGCAAAGGACUAUGACAGCCACGUGAGCUUCGCAGACAGCGGGCUGCAGACUUCGGCCAUCUCCCUUCACAAGGUCACCCUGCAAGAUGAAGGGUGCUACAAGUGCAUCUUCAACACCUUUCCCUCGGGGGCCAUCACAGGCAGGACAUGCCUCAAGGUUUACGCCAUCUCAGAUCCCAAAGUGGAAGCCAAGUUUAUACCCAGUCCAGACAUAUCUGAAGAUUCCGAGAAAGUGGUGGGGAUGAGCUGCUCAGCAACAGGGAAGCCAGCUCCAAAAAUCUCCUGGAGCCUUCCCAGCAUCCUGCUGCAGAAACCAAGGGAAUACCAUGUCAGGCUCGGCAACCAGACCGUCACUGUCAUCAGCAACUUCACCCACACCCUCUCCAAAAUCCUCCAGGAGUACCCCAUCGCCUGCGUGAUCCAGCACCCAUCUCUGAACGUGACCCUGGCCCUGCCCAUGGACAGCCUGGCACAGGUUGAAUGUUGA